GACCAAACAAAGACAAUUUGUGAUAAACGGCGUGAUAAGGAACCAGAGGGUGUAGAGAAGGACACAAGAGCACCGCUCGUGAUCCCAGUUCUCGUCACUCAUUCUCGAUAAGAAGCAUACAUGGCGUCCCUGUCGUUCUCCCUCUCCCCGGAGGCGAUCUAUCAACUACACGAUGCAUUGAUGUGCCUAGGUAAAUUUGGCGAUAAUGUCUCAUUUGAAGCCGAAUUCGAUCUGCUUCGCUUGAGCGUCUUGAACUCCACCAAGACAGCCUACGCCGCCUUCGCCUUCGAUGCAGACAAGUUCUUCGAAUCCUACUCAUUUGGGGUAGAUAGACGCAAUAUGUCUGCAGGUGUUCAAUCACAUAAGUUCUGUUGCCAGGUGUUGAUCAAAGCUCUCGUGUCCGUCUUCAAAGGAAGAGCAAGCGGCCGUAACAAGGACACCUCGGUCGAACGAUGCGAGUUCGAGCUGCAAGACAAUCCCGAUGAGACGGAGUGCCGUCUCGUCAUCAGACUAAUAUGCGGACUCGGUGUCAUCAAGCUCUACAAGCUCACGUACGAGCCCGUCUAUAUCCAGCAUGCAACAUUUGACCGGUCCAGAGCGACGAAUGAAUGGAGCAUCGAGCCCAAAUUUCUGAAAGAAGUCACCGACCACUUUGGACCGUCGGCAGAGCAACUGGACAUUUACUCCGAGCACGGCAAGACCGUUUUCACCAGCUUCACUACCAAAAUCGCCGAUGGAAAAGAAAUCCUGCGACAACCGGUGCAUACCUCCGUGGCCAUUGACAAACGGGACUUUGAGCAUUACCUGGCCGAGGACAAUCGACACAUUGCAAUCAACCUGAAGGACUUCAAGGCUGUGCUUGCGCAUGCCGAUAUUGUCCACGCCAGACUCACUGCCCGGUUUACCACCCCCUGCCGCCCGCUGCAAUUCGCAUACGAGCUUGAGGGUGUCAAAUCCGAGUUUACCUUGAUGACGAGAGGUGAAGCCGUCGAAGACGAUGGGCCAAGCUCGUCUCGAGCCGCCGCACCACAGUUGUCUGCAAGGCAGACCCCUGCUCCGGUGCACGUGAGUCAGCAGAGGCCCCCUGCUACCGACGCAAGUCGAAUGCCGCCGCCGUCCUCGCGGAGUCGGUCUCUCCGCCCUCUUACCGGAACGUCCGCUCGAGCUUCACAGACCCCCGCAGAAUCCCAGAGACCUCAACCGCCAGUCGAAUUCGAUAGUCUCUUUGUACCUGCGGAUGAUGACAGACAAUGGGACGUGCCGAAUGACGAGGAGGCUCCAGCCGAAGACGAGCUUGGCUGGGAUGCCACGGGUGACAAAGACACUUUCACCGCUAGCUUGAGGACGCGGGUACCCAACGAGGAGUCGGAGGCCGCCGAAAUGGACCAAGAGGAGGAGACGGGCAUUCCGCCCACCCAGCGCAUUUCACAGCUCCAUGGCCUUGGCCUGUUCGAUUAAGCAAUCACGCAUCGCCGCCCGGGCAUGCACCGAUCGAGACAGACACGCCAACUGUCAGCCACUCGAUGGUUUCCACAGCCGCGUCGGAGUCAACACUAGGCAGUGAUGAUCCAGCUUGUCGCGCAACCGGCGCCAACGCCCACAAUGUCGGACUCGCCAUCUGGCAGGGGAAUCCGGUUCCACUUCCCCUUGACAUUGCCCUGCGCAUCGGUAUCGGGACCACAGUUCCCAUGCUCGCCCCAACCACAGGCCACGACCGUGCGCUCAUCCAGCCGAGCAAGAAGAUGCUCGCUCCCCGCCGC